AUGGUCGGACUUCACGAAAUUAUUAAAAAACGCAUCCUAAACGCAAUAAAAACUGUAAAUGCACCUGGUGGCUGGAAGGUCGUAGUAGUAGAUGACCAUUCACUAAAGGUUAUUGAAUCUACGUGUAAGACCUUCGACAUUCUCGAAGAGAAAGUUACCUUGGUAGAAAACCUUCAAAAAACUCGCCAACCUAAUCCAAGUUUUGAUGCUGUUUACAUCAUUACUCCGUCACAUAAUUCUGUCGAAAAGGUGAUUGAGGACUUUACUAGACAAAAGCCUCCUUUAUAUGCGGGCGCUCAUAUAUUUUUCAUAUCUCCUCCUGAUGAUCCGAUCUUUCAAAGGUUGCGUUCUUCUUUACCUCCGAAUUUCUUAAAAUCAUUUGAAAUACUCUAUAUUGAUUUUCAUGUUCGAGAAUCACAAGUAUAUUCUUUCGAAUCUCCCUCAAGCUUCUUCAAAUUAUAUUCACCUGAAGAAAGUCCUUUGUUUGAUGGUGAACUGAGAAAACUUGCGAAGCAGCUCCUUUCCGUUUGUGUUUCAUUAGGUGAAGAAAACCCUUUAAUACGUUUUCAAAGGGGAAUUGAGUCAGAUCAUGCAACGAAAGAACUAUCUUUAAAAUUAGCUCAAUUAGUACAAGCCGAGUUCGAUGAACAUGCAAGAAAUAGAAAACGUCACUCACCUCCGCAAGAUAUACAACGUCCACGAGCUGUUUUAUUUAUUGUAGAUCGAUCCAUUGAUAUGUACACUCCAAUAUUACAUGAAUUUACUUACCAAGCUAUGGCAAAUGAUGUUUUGCAAAUUGAAAAUGGUCGAAAAUUUUCCUACAAUUAUACUGCACAAGAUGGUUCAACUGCAACAAAAGAUGCUAUCUUAGAUGAAUCUGACACUAUUUGGGUUGAUAUACGACAUAAACAUAUGAAAGAUUGUAUUGAUCAGCUUAAGAGUGAUUUAAAUAAAUUCUUAGAAGAAAACUCUACUAUUACUAACAAAGAUAAAGAAGCAAAUUUAAAUGAUAUGAAAAAAAUGCUGGCAACACUGCCUCAAUUUCAAGAUAUGAAGGAUAAGCGAGGACUUUACAUUCAUAUG